CCCGUAGCAGUGUUCAUGUUUUAAUUUUGACAGUUCAUUUAUCUUACAGAAAAAGCACUCAUCUAUACUACUAAUAAAAGAUCAAACGAAAACUUCUUUAAGUACACACAACUAUUAUCCCCACAAAAACAAACACCAAUCACCACCACACAAUUAGACAACAAAUUACAAUCUAACGGUCUUCCACCAUCCAUGCACCACCACGGUGUGCAGUUAUCAAAUUAACAAAGGCUGACCAUGCUCCAGCUCCUCCUACAGCAAACAAAGGCUGACCGAGGCCUGACCCGGGGCGGCGCGAUGGCGGCAACGGCGGGGGCGGCCGCGGAGAUCGUGCGGGAGAUCACGGCUGUGGGCGCCGCCGACCUGGCCGCCGCCGCGGAGCCGCUGUGGGCCUACUGCCUCCGCCUCGCGCGCAAGGUGUCCCUGCUCACGCACCUCGUCGCCGAGGUCGCCGAGGCGGCGGGGGAGGACGGCGCGGCCGAGCCCGAGGCGACGGCCUGGGUGGCCGACCUGCUCCGGGCGCUCCGGAUUGAAGGAGGGCCACGGACGAACUAGGUGAGCAGCCGCAUGGUAAGGUCCGUACGUGCAGGUCAGCCAGAGUCCAUCAAUCCAGAUCCUGGUAUUGAGCUCAACAUGCAAGCCUUAUCCAUCCAAGAUCCAAAUGUCCUUCAUAUUCAAGCACAGCAAAAGGAGGAGAAUCAAGACCAAGAUGCUCAGUUUAAUAUUCUGAUGAAGUUUGCAGCCACUGGAUGAUCUCCAAGAGUUCUUUCUCUCAAUUCUGUGCAGCUCGCUAUGGCACGGGUGUGGAGAGAUAAUUACCAUGGGAUUUCGCAGCUCUCCAGGUUGCAGAUCUCUUUGGAGCAAAUUCCUUCAGUUAAGUUUGGAUCAUGGAUGACACAUGUGGAUCUCAUUCCUAAGGAACCACACACUGGUAAAGUUAGGAUUCAUUCCAGCUUGCUGCAACCUUCAACUUCAAUAAUCAAUUCGUGCCAGUUAUUUUUACAUGGUUCCUAUAUAUGAAGCUUCCAAAGUGCACUAUGCUUCUACAUUCAUAUGUGUGCAUGUUUCAGGGUUGAUCAGUGCCGACCAGAAAGGAAUAUCAGGAGGCAACUAGUACAUGCACUAACAAGCGUAGCGAUACGUCGCUCUAGUUCACAAUGAAGACAGACAAAUGCCAGAUGAAGGGAAGCAAGUCAAUAGUAUUUAAGAAACAUACAAUGUGACCUUACAAAGCACGGUAGUACUUCAACCUUAAGAAGAAAAUUUGUAGCAUAUCCGAAACAAGUUGUAUGAGCGGAUUUAGCAUGGUGAAAACUUAUGUCCGGAUAGAAGCAAAUUAUAUUUGGAGUGGAAACACUUCUGUAGUAGGUGGAAGCAAAGUUAUGUUUGUUGGAAACAUAGUAAAAAGAUAGGUGGGACUCAAAAUUUCCUUGUGAAAACAAAAACUCGGAUGUAAAUUUUUGUUACAUGGAAGCAACAAAAGAAAUGGUUUUUUCCAGCCAAAUUUCAUUUGCAA